CCAUGGCUCGUACCAAGCAGACAGCGCGAAAGUCCACCGGCGGCAAGGCGCCGCGGAAGCAGCUGGCCACCAAGGCCGCCCGCAAGAGCGCCCCGGCCACCGGCGGCGUCAAGAAGCCUCACCGCUACCGGCCCGGCACCGUGGCGCUGCGCGAGAUCCGCCGCUACCAGAAGUCCACCGAGCUGCUGAUCCGCAAGCUGCCGUUCCAGCGCCUGGUGCGCGAGAUCGCGCAGGACUUCAAGACCGACCUGCGCUUCCAGAGCUCGGCCGUCAUGGCGCUGCAGGAGGCCUGCGAGGCCUACCUGGUGGGGCUGUUCGAGGACACCAACCUGUGCGCCAUCCACGCCAAGCGCGUCACCAUCAUGCCCAAGGACAUCCAGCUGGCCCGCCGCAUCCGCGGGGAGAGGGCGUGAUCUCAAGACUCCCUAGCCACCUUCCCAAAGGCUCUUUUCAGAGCCACCAAAGUUCUCAGUGAUAGUGCUGCUCCACAUUGAGUUAGGCUUGGUCUUUUCUUUUCCUCGUAGCUCACGUGAGAAGAUCCUCGGUACCACAAGGAAAGAAAGGAGGGCUGCCUCAAGAUGGAUUCUCAGUGACCAUUUGCAGGCCAAUCCUUUUCUUGUUGCCAUGCUUCUCCAAGUCCCCAUAACUGGCCUCCCAUUCCUGCUCCUGUUCCAGCUGAAGAUAGUUUCUAUGCCACUUCUAUGAGGUGCUCAAAUUCCUUCAUAUCUUUUGUUUAUAUAUGAAAUAUACAUCCCAAUAAA